AUGGUCUUAGGUGGUGUUGAGAUGAAGAAGAGUCUGUUUUGCCGCACCUUUUUCUAUGAAAUCCUGGAAGCUCUCGGCUACGACUCCGUAACGAAUGAGGAUACACUUGAAGAAUGUAUAUGCUACUCUCACCCUUGCUACCAUAGCAGCCUCUGUUGUGGCUAUGCCCACAUGUUCAGCACAUUUAUUAGUUCUGGAUUCAUGACUUUUCUGAGUGCCAUUUGGGUAUUAAUAUUACUCGUAUUUACACCUUAUGAUGGCAAAAACCAGCUGCAGAGACUUUCUCUCCUUGGUAUCUUUGCCUUCUUGACUGGCUGUAACCUUGGCCCAUUUUUGAAUCUGGCUGUGACUAUCAACCCUGCAUUUGUGAUAUUUGCUUGCUUCUCCCUAUCAGCUCUCUAUGCUCCUGAUGGUCAUUACCUCUAUCUUAGAGGUACACUGAUGUCGGCAAAUUUGUACAUUGGUCUAGCAGUCAUGUGUGGCUUUAUAGUCUAUGACACUCAGUUCAUUGUUGAGAGAGCACGCCGAGGAGAUAUGGACUAUGUGAUGCACAGUUUGAAUCUAUUCGUUGACUUUGUUGGAGUAUUUUGGCGCCUUCUCAUGAUCCUUACAAAAAGGUGA